CGAAUACAUUAAACAUUGAACAUAACCUCUUUGUUUUACUGCAGUGUUUUCAAGAAAUUGUUUAUUUAUUGACUUAUUAAUUAUAAAAUAAUUAUUUUAAAAAGUAAUAAUGGCUGAUCCCGAACUUGAAAUGCUUCGACAGCAACGUAUGGCUCAACUACGUUCGCAAUAUCAGGGUGGUGAUGAAUCUAGUCAAAAAGCUGCUGAAGAACAGAGACAAAAAAUCCAAGAUAUGAAACAUUCAAUUUUAUCUCAAGUAUUGGAUCAGUCAGCUAGAGCACGGCUGAACACUUUAUCAUUGGGUAAGCCGGAAAAGGCAAAAAUGGUCGAAGAAAUGCUUGUUAAUAUGGCACAGAGAGGACAAUUACCAGGAAAAUUAGGUGAAAAAGAACUCAUUAGUUUAUUAGAAAGUGUUAAUCAACAAACACAAAAAACAACAACUGUUAAGUUUGACAGAAGACGUGCAGCUUUAGAUAGCGACGAUGAUUUGUAGCAAUAUUUAAAUGAAUGAAUCGGUUUAUUAUUUUUUUUUUUUUUGAUUAAAUUUAUUUAAUAACACAUUUUGUAUCAAUAAAACUCAUCAAAAUCGAAAA